AUGUUGGUGGCCUUAUUAUUAAUAUUGAUUGAAGUACAUUCUAAAUGUUCAGAUAGAUCGAUAAAUACAUGUUUACAAGAAAAUAAUUGUUUUAUUGUGAAUAAUUUAUGUCAAUCCAAAUAAAUCAAUUGUCAUGAAUUAAAUAAAAAAAAUUGUUAAGAAUCCCAAUGUUAUUUCAAUGAAUAACAAUAAAUUUGUGAAGUAAAUUUUUGUAAUAUCAAAAUAGUCUUAAAAUAUAAAUAAGAACAUUUAAUAUAGAAUUCUAAAUGGCAAAAAGAAUGGUUGGAAAAAGGAUAGAUAAUCAAAAAGAUAAAAAUUAAAUGACUAAAUUGAAGAAACUAGAUAAAUAAGUUAUUCAGAAUCAAAUUAUGAUUCAGAUUAAACUUAGAGUAAUUUUGAUUAGAAUUCUGAUAUUCUUAAUACCAAUUUUGAAGAAUAGAAAAUAGAUUAUUCAAAAUAAGAUACUAUUAUUUUUGAAAUAGAAGAUCUAGAAUUUUAUUAAGAAGAUUUUUUAGAUUAGAAAGAUGAAUAAGAGUCUGGAUUUUUUACUAGUUCAUCCAUUACUAUAAUAAUAAUACCUAUUAUGAUGGUGUAAUUAUAUAUUUGA